UGUCCUAUAUAAAUACGAUUGCGCCUGUCCGUUAGCUGGGGAAAAUUUCGGCUUUCCUUCCUGGUGGGUGGUGUGAGGAGUUUGGAUAAAACGGGGCUUUGAAAGCACGGAAAGAUCCAACCUGUUACCUCGUGGUCCAGAUCAGCCACCAAUCAGCUCUGCCUUAACUUCACCUGCCAGCCAAACUGUAACCAAGCGGAACUUAAGCCUUCAAAAUGAUGCAAAUCAACAGCGACUCCGCCUGCAACAAGCACUCCCUCAUCAACGUCAUGCACCGCUUUAUCGCAGCUGCCAAUAACAUGGAUGAGACCAUCAUGGUGCCGAGCCUGCUGCGAGACGUGCCGCUGGAGGAGCAGGUGAAGAGCGAAGUGGAAACUAACAAUAACGAAACACCAUGUCCUAAUAAGCAACGGGACAUGUACGAGCACUACCUGCUGCUCAAGUCCAUAAAGAACGACAUGGAAUGGGGUUUGCUCAAGAGGGAGAUUAGCAGUGGAGCCAGCUUCCUGGAGAUGGCGGUGAAACAGGAGGAGGAGCAGCAGCCAGUCAUGGGAGAGCUGAAUCUAGAGGUCAACGCAGACCUAGAGCACCAGUUUCAUUAUCACCUCAGGGGACUGUUCACAGUCUUGUCCAAGCUCACUGUACAAGCAGACCACCUCACCAACAGAUACAAGCGUGAGAUAGGAGGAGGAAAUUUCAUGAGAUAAUGGGCGCACCUGUCUGAACUGGUUUACACUUUGGGUUGUUGAGAAGGUGGCAUUCUUCCCAACUGGUUUCAAUGGACGGAUAAGGACAACCACUCUGAAUUUUCUAAUUCAGUUGCACUCCAGACCCCCGUGCUGCUCUCCUGAUUUCCCAGUAAACUCCUUUUUAAAACCAAUGAUGCCUGCAUGGAUGGUUUUGCAGCAGUAUCAGUGCUUGGCAGAGGUUUGAGUCAGUCCAGAUGAAGCACAGCUAAAAACAAUUAGUUUAAUUUCAUAUUUGACAAAUGUCACCCUACUGUGGUCAUGAAUAAAAGGAUCCUAAUAGGAGAAAGAUGAAUGCUGGUUAUUCGGUCCCUCCUCUUUUAAAGGUUUUAAAGCUGAGCUGAUGGCUCUGAGCAGUCAUUUCCACUAAGUGUUGCUGUAACAUGGCGUGCCUUGACUUUUUGUAUGUCAUCUUCAUGCCCUGUUCAGUUUCCUCCCAUGUGGUUACAAAUGUCUGAACUUUUAAGGUAUUAUCACAUGUUGUUUUAAACUGUUUUAUAUUUUAAACACAUUGCAGUUAAACUGAAAUAAAUAAUUUGAAAACCCA